CAAGUUCAGAGAAAACAAAACAUGGGUCUAUUAUUUUCGCUGCCAUCAACUUGCCUGCUACUCAAGUUCACAGUCUUCUUGAAAAGUUGGCCGCAGCAAACCCAACAAUGAGAUUUUUUCUAGAGGGCAAGAAAAAGACCAUACAGGAAAAACUUGAACGGUCUCAUGUGACGCUUGCCCACAAGAGAAGCCAUGGCGUAGCAGCUGUAGCCAGCUAUGGUCAGCACUUGAACAGAGAGAUACCCGUAGAGCUCACGGAGCUCAUCUACAACGACAAGAUGGCAGCUCUAACUGCCAAUGUCGGAUGUGUGGACGGAGAGACGGUAGUCUCCAAGAACGAAUGGCCACAUGUUACGUUGUGGACUGCAGAAGGCGUUACUGCGAAAGAGGCCAACACGUUACCUCAGCUUUACUUAGAAGGGAAGGCGAGCCGCGUGGUGAUAGAUCCUCCGGUGUCAAUCUCGGGUCCUCUGGAAUUAUAUUUCUGCAAGCUCAAAGGAAUUGUUGUUACAAUGUUUCUAACGCGAUUUGUCGGGAGGAGAUUCUUGGCGGCUGCAUCGGCGAGAUCGGAGUCCACUACUGCAGCAGCUGCCUCAGCGAUUCGGACGCCCCAAAAUCCACUUGAGGAGUUCUUUGAGUUUGACAGAAGCCAGGAUGAAGAUAAACCUGUUGUCUACGGUCGAGGUUGGAAAGCUUCAGAACUACGUCUCAAGUCGUGGGAUGAUCUUCAGAAGCUGUGGUACGUUCUUCUCAAAGAGAAAAACAUGUUGAUGACUCAGCGUCAGAUGCUUCAAGCCCAGAACAUGCAGUUUCCAAACCCUGAACGCAUUCCAAAGGUGAGGAGAUCAAUGUGCCGCAUUAAGCAUGUGCUUACAGAGAGAGCGAUUGAAGAACCAGAUCCUAGAAGAUCAGCCGAGAUGAAGAGAAUGGUAAAUGGUAUGUGACCCAUUGGCUCUUGUUUUGGCAACCUAGCAGUAAGCUCGAGUCUAUUCGCAGAGGUGUUUAGUUUUUGGUAGUAAGAAAUAACGCAAGAGGCUGAAGAAGACUUGGUAUUUUGUCCUUUUGGAGCUGGUCUAGUGAUUGUCAUUGUAGUGUCUGGCAGUAGAAAAAUGUUAUAUAAACAUUCCUGUAACCU